AUGUCACAUAACGCAAUAAGCGCUCCGCCCAGGCAACUGGACGAGUUCGAACAGCUCGUCUAUGAGUAUACGGCGCGCAUGGGCCUGGGGAACGAGGAACACUGGGACAUCGAUGCCCGCGGCUGUAACCUCCGCUUCGAGUCCGCAACCCGUGGUCCUCCGGCUACAGUUUCGUUCCUCUUGACGAUCACUCCUGCGCUGACCAAUUACUUUGGUAACCUCCAUGGGGGCUGCGCUGCUACUUUGAUCGAUGUUCUAUCCACCACUAUCUUGUUAGGCGUUUCCGAGCCGGGCAGGUUCUCCUUCGGAGGUGUCAGCCGCAACCUCAAGAUCACAUAUCUGCGCCCUGUGCCUGCGGGAACUGAGGUGCGGCUCGUUUGUGAGGUUAUUCAUGUUGGCAAGCGGUUGGCAUUGCUUCGGGCUGAGAUUCAGAGGGCGGAGAGUGGUGAUGUUUGUGUGAUUGGUGAACAUGAGAAGGCCAAUACCGACCCGGAGGUGACGCAGAGGAUUUGA